AUGCCUAAUGAAGAGGCUAAUGAACAAUUGCACAAAUACAGUGAUGAGCAAUUAGGCCAAGCUUCGAGGUCUAAGGUGAAGCAGAAUACUGGGUGCAUGACUUUGUUGGAGGCAUGGGUGUAUAAGCACAUGCAUGGUGUUGUUGUCCCUGAUCGUGACUUUGAUUAUUCAGAGGUCCAACCUCAUGCUCUUCAUUGGACUCCACGACGAGACAAUGGGACAACAUUGGUAAACGUGCAUAAGUAUAGACAUCGACUUGACACUUUGAAUGCUGAUUAG